UUAUAGCGAAUCAAAAUGGGUGAUUCACAAUAUGGAAUUUGUCCAUAUGAUAGCUCGCAUCGCAUAUUGCUCUUUAGAAUGCCCGUCCACAUAAUAAAAUGUGCGCGCAACUACAAAGGACCCCCAUUAGAGAUUUGCAAAUAUAAUGCGACGCAUCGCAUAAAAGCGGACCUCAUGGAACAGCAUCUGGAAGAGUGCGCCGAUUACAAAAAAUUCCAUGAAUACGAAUUAUUACAAAAGGCGUUUCAAGUACGUAAAUCACCGCCACGUUCUGAAUAACGGAAAGCCAAAUAUUAUGAUGU